CCCAGAACUAAAAUGAUCUGUACAGCGUGAACAUGGUUCAUCAUUGAUGAAUUGAAAUAUGGAGACGACAAGUUUAAAGAGAAUUAAACAUGGUUUUUCAGAGAUCAUCAACCGCGAAAUGGGUCUUUGCACCCCCAAAAGCUUUGCUCGCUAUUUCUCUGCUUCUCAGGUUAUACUGGAAAAUUUUGACCUUUAUGGGAAACUAAACGGCCAUGAGGGAUGUGUGAACACUGUGGAAUUCAACUCCACUGGUGACAUCCUAGUGUCUGGUUCUGAUGAUAAACAUGUUAUGUUCUGGAACUGGGCUGCUAAAAGCAAAACGUUUUCAUAUGCUUCCGGCCACUUUGACAACAUAUUUCAGGCAAAAUUUAUGCCCUUCAAUGAUGAUAAGAGAAUAAUCACUUCUGCUGCUGAUGGCCAGGUGAGGCUUGGAGAGAUUUCGGAGAAUGGUCAUGUUAAAACGAGAAAGUUGGGAAAGCAUCAGGGUCGAGUGCACAGCCUUGCUAUUGAACCCGGAAGUCCAUACAUAUUCUUUAGUUGUGGUGAAGAUGGCUUAGUUCAACAUUUUGAUCUGCGAUGUGGUUCUGCUUCAAAGCUAUUCCACUGCUUCUCGUUUGAAGAAGCUAAUAGGCAACCUUUAAACAUGAGGUUAAAUGCCAUCGUAAUUGAUCCAAGGAAUCCAAAUUACUUUGCUAUAGGAGGUUCUGAUGAAUAUGCGCGCGUCUAUGAUAUCAGAAGAUAUCCAUUGGAUGCAUCUAAUGUUUCAGACACACCAGUGAACGUAUUUUGCCCUCGUCAUCUGCUUCACUCUAACCAUAUUCAUAUUACAGGGUUAGCUUAUUCUAACACAAGUGAACUACUUGUUUCUUACAAUGAUGAGUUGAUUUACUUAUUCCAAAAGAACAUGGGGCUCGGACUUCCUCCGGUAUCUCUCGAAUCUGAAACUCAUCAGAGAGAUGAGGAGCCGCAAGUUUAUGUGGGUCACAGAAAUUCACGGACAGUCAAAGGAGUGAGUUUUUUUGGCCCCAAAGAUGAAUAUGUGAUGAGCGGUUCCGAUUGUGGCCAUAUAUUUAUUUGGAAGAAGGUGGACGCUAAGCUUGUUCGUGUAAUGUUAGGUGACCGAAAUGUAGUAAAUCAUCUUGAGCCCCAUCCAUAUAUGCCUUUUUUUGCUACUUGUGGAAUUGAUAAAAAUGUGAAGCUCUGGGCUCCUACAGCCCGUGAUGAACCUGCACUGCCUAACAACUUGAAGAAGAUCAUGGAGUCCAAUAGACAGAGUAGAGAAGAUCAGUCGCCUGUAACACUUGCCCCUGAUGUUAUAAUGCAUGUUCUCCGCCUACAGAGGCGACAGAUGUUUGGAUAUGUAGAAAGGAGGUAUAGUAGUGCUGAUCUUGAAAGUGAUGAAGACAAUGGGGAUGAAGAUCAUAUUUCAGGGCUCUCCAAUGACAUUGCAGUUUCUGAAGAGGAUCCUGAUGAUAACUCGGGAGAUUGCAAGAUCAGCUAAUGUCUUGGGAGCUAUCUAUGAUGAAGAGUUUUCGCUUCAAGAAUGGUGUUGCCUCUGGAAACUAGUGUUUGCAUUCAGAAUGAAUGCUUACAAGUAUUCCGGAUUUUAUAUCUCCCGUCUUGGUGGUUCUCAAUUUUCAAACAAUUCUCCAUUAUGAUUAGAUUUGUGACGUUGUACAAUGACCAUCUUUCUAUCAAUAUUUAUUCAUGAAGUGUUGGUGUUCGGUGGUUCAUUGCUGUUAUGGUUACCAUGGCUCCUCUUUCUGGAGUAGGGCAAAAUCGGAUAUCGAUUACCGCCUCUACAACAAGAAGCGAAAUAGAGCAUGAAUCAAAACAAGCAAAUAUAGGUGUUUCUUGGUUUUGCAAGUAUCAACAGGUUUCUUUUCUUUUUUUA